AUGAACUACUACUUGAUGCUCUAUGACCUUGACAUGGAACAUGUGGGAGGUCCAUUAUGGACAGUGAAGCUUGGAAGAAGAGAUUCAACUACAGCAAAUCCGGACAAGGCUAACAGUGAUCUUCCUAGCUUCAGAGAUGGUGUUGAUAGACUUAUAUCUAGAUUUGCUGACAAAGGCCUCAAUGCAAGAGACAUGGUUGCCUUGUUAGGAUCACAUACAAUUGGACAAGCUCAAUGUGUCACAUUCCGUGACAGAAUUUACAACAAUGCCAGUGACAUUGAUGCUGGUUUUGCCAGCACUCGAAGACGCGGUUGCCCUGCUAACCAAGGCGAUGGUAAUUCCAAUUUGGCUCCGCUUGAUUUGGUGACACCGAAUCAAUUUGACAAUAAUUACUUCAAGAACUUGAUUCAGAAGAAGGGUCUUCUUGAAUCUGAUCAAGUUCUCUUCAGCGGAGGAUCAACGGACAGCAUUGUUUCAGAGUACAGUAGCAACCCUUCAAAAUUUCUGUCUGACUUUGCAUCUGCCAUGGUUAAAAUGGGAGAUAUUGAGCCUCUCACUGGUUCUGCUGGACAGAUAAGAAGGAUUUGCAGCGCUGUUAACUAAAAUUCUAGCCUCUGCCAGGAAAUAUUAUUUCAUUUAUAUCUUAUUAAGCAUUUGUUUGUUAAAAAGAACAAUAAAUAGACACCAGGAUUGUCUAUAAUUUUUAAUUUUCACUUCCAUCAAUUGUAAACAAUUAUGAGAUCAAUUUUAAUGUAUUACUUUAUUUCAAGUUUUUCAAACAAA